AUGCGCCGUACCAUUCGGUUAAAAAGAAACGUUUCUCCAAUCUUCUUGGAAAAAGGAAAAAAUUAUUCAAAGGUUCAACGUAUUGUCAAAGAUCGACUCUUGGAAGAGGCACAAGAAUUUCGAACGGAUUGUAACAAGUACGUUAUUGAUGAAUUGGCAAAAGAAAACAAUAAAAUUGUACUUAGACUACCACCAUAUCACUGUGAACUAAAUCCUAUUGAGUUGGCGUGGUCUUCUGUAAAACAGUACGUUAAAAUGAACAAUACAACCUAUAAAUUACCAGAUGUAAAACAAUUGUUGAUUGAAGGCGUGGAACGAGUAUCACCCGACAUGUGGAAAAAUUUUAUAAGCCACGUUAUUAAAGAGGAGGAGAAGUUUUGCGAGAUCGACUUCAUCACCGAUGACAUGUUGGAUGCGGAACCCUCGAAUCAACAUGUUUUAAUCAUUACCGGAAACACUUCCGAUUCCGAGUCUGAUGACUCUGAUGAUGACCAACUAACCUAA